UACUCUCCUCCUAUUACGGGCCCUUUUCCUUUCCCCUGGGGAUCCCAACAAGCAGGGAAAAAGUAGGACCUUCCGUGUAGGCAGCGCAGCUAAGUGGCUUCCCCGCUGCGCCCCUUCCCGUCGGCCGUCGACCACUUGGGGGAGCGCUCCGGCCGAGCUGCUGGCGUCUUCCCACCUUCCGACAGGAGCAGAGGGCGGGUGGCCGCCUUCCCGGAGGGGUGGCCGCCGUCCGCUUUCUCGUGGGGAGCGAUGAGCCUGGUGGAGCCGCUCGGCGGGAAGGCGGGCCUGCAGACCCGAACCUUGAGCGAUCCCGCCUUAGAUUUUGCUGAUCAUUCUCCUGAUGAAGGUUUAGUAGAAGACUUCACUGCUGUAGAUAAGAAAGCUGUAGAACAGCUAACCAAAGGAUUACUUUCACAUUAUUUACCUGAUCUACAACGGUCAAAACUAGCCUUAAAAGAAUUAACACAGAACCAGGAAGUACUAUUAGAAACUCUACAGCAAGAAAUCUCAAAGUUUAAAGAAUGUAGUUCUAUUCUUGACAUCAAUGUACUGUUUUCAGAAGCGAAACAUUAUCACAAUAAGUUGGUAAACAUUAGGAAAGAGAUGAUGAUGCUCCAUGAGAAAACAUCAAAGCUGAAAAAAAGAGCUCUCAAGCUCCAGCAAAAGAGGCAGAAAGAAGAGCUAGAACGAGAACAGCAACGGGAGAAAGAGCUUGAAAGAGAGAAACAGUUAACUGCCAGACCAGCUAAAAGAACAUGAAAGCUGAACAUGUAUUGGCUUGUUGAACUAUUAUCAGAUCCCUUGGACUUAACUGGGGAGACAGUGCUGGGACUCAUGACCUGAUGUUUGUGAUUGCCAAGAAAUUUAUCAGCACAGUACUAAUAUUUCCAGGUUGCUAUUAACUAAUCAGGAAAGCGGUUAUGAACAAGGAGCUUUCCUUUUCAGCAGUUCAAGGUGGCUUUUUGACCAAGUCUCUGCGGCCUAGUGUUGCUGUGUCAGAUUUUCCGCCCACACGUGUGUGUGUGUGCAUGCACUCGCAUGCACACAAAUGGGGUAAGACAUCACUUUGAUAGCACAGUGUCUUACAUUGUCUGGCUGACAUGAAUAACUCCAAGCUUGAAUGUGUUUUCUUAAUUGGUGUGUUCCACAUCAUUUGCUAUAUUCUAGAUUUUAAAAAUAAGUUGUUUUCAUUAAUGAGUGCCGAUAAAUGAAUCUGUGUUAUCUUAAACGCAUGGCAAAAUGUGGAAAAAUAAUGAGUCAACUUCAUGUUCCCCAUUUUUAUUGCUUUACCUUCAGUAAAAUGUUUUUUGAUUCCAUGUUACGUACUCAGCCAUGUGAAUGGGGGGAAAGGCCCAAACUACUUUAAAACAGAGUGUUAUCUAUGUCCAGUCUUAGGGUUAAUAAGAGAUUAUCUGUAAAAAUAAAGCACAUUUGAAGAAUUUUGCAAGAAAAA